CUCAAAAAAUAUUGGUCCCAUCGCUUAUUAAGCAGAGACGCAAAUAUGAAACACUAUAAAUACGUAGGAGUAAAAGAAAUAUAUAAUAUCUAGAGAGAAAAACCAUUGACCUUUUUCUAGAGAGAGAAAUCAGAGAAGAGAUAGAGAGAGAGAGAACCAACCGGAAAGAACGCCACAAGAUAUUUACGCACAGCGCCUCCGAUCGCACAUCAUCUACCCAAAAUUAGGUGUUCGAACUUUCUUCGAGUGGGCAGGAAACGUGUCAUUGAAGAUAUUUCUGCGGGAUUUUCGAUAGGGGAAGUAUAAUUGUUGGAAAUUGUCUUCUUUUUGAGGAUGCCAACUUCUUGGUCUGAUUCCAUGGAGAGGCUUCCCACCGGUGGUGGUGUAGGGAACACUUCGCGUGCUCCUCGAUCGAGUUAUGUUCCGCCGCAUCUUAGGAAUAGGCCUCCCUCAGCAGACCCUCCCUCAGCUCCAGUUUCCUAUGCUGGCAGCUUUUCGGGAAAUGAUCACUAUGGACCUGGCGGUCCGGCUUUAGGUGGUGUUGCUGUUGGUCCUCGCGGAGGUGGUGGUUUCAGCCGAGGUGGUGUUGGCGGCGGCGGCGGUGGUGGUUGGAAUAACAGAAACGGUGGUUGGGACCGUGGGAGGGAAAGAGAGGCUAAUCCUUUUCAAGACGAUGUGGAUACAGAACCGGAGUUUGGUUCGCAGGAAAAUACUGGGAUUAAUUUCGAUGCUUAUGAGGAUAUUCCGGUGGAGACGAGUGGGAAGGAUGUUCCACCUCCGGUCAGUACGUUCGCGGAUAUCGAUUUAGGCGAUGCUUUAAAUUUAAAUAUUAGGAGGUGCAAAUACGUGAAGCCAACACCCGUGCAGCGCCAUGCCAUACCUAUAUCACAUGCUGGGCGUGAUUUGAUGGCUUGUGCUCAGACGGGUUCUGGAAAGACUGCUGCAUUUUGUUUCCCGAUAAUUAGUGGGAUUAUGAACAGCAGCCAAUCUGCUCCGAGGCCACCGCGUGCACCACGCAUGGCCUUUCCGCUGGCUCUCAUUCGUUCUCCAACUAGGGAGCUUUCGAUCCAAGUGAAUCAUGAAGAAGCUAAGAAAUUUGCCUAUCAAACUGGGGUCAAGGUGGUUGUCGCUUAUGGUGGUGCACCGAUCAAUUUACAGCUUCGAGAGCUUGAGAGAGGUGUAGACAUACUUGUUGCAACUCCUGGACGGUUAGUAGAUUUGUUGGAAAGAGCAAGAGUCUCGUUGCAAAUGAUUCAAUAUUUAGCCCUAGACGAGGCAGAUAGAAUGUUAGACAUGGGUUUUGAACCUCAAAUAAGGAGAAUUGUGCAACAGAUGGACAUGCCUCCAGUUGGUGUACGACAAACAUUGCUUUUUAGCGCCACAUUUCCAAAGGAGAUUCAGAGGCUGGCUUCUGACUUUCUGUCAGAUUACGUGUUUUUGGCUGUUGGGAGAGUUGGUUCUAGCACCGACUUGAUAGUCCAAAGAGUUGAAUACGUGCUCGAGACUGACAAAAGAAGUCACUUGAUGGACCUCCUUCACGCUCAGAGAGCAAAUGGCGUUCAGGUCAAGCAAGCGCUUACAUUGGUUUUCGUUGAGACAAAGAAGGGAGCCGAUUCACUUGAACACUGGCUUUGCAUUAAUGGCUUCCCUGCCACGUCCAUUCAUGGUGACAGAACACAACAGGAGAGAGAAUAUGCUUUGAGAUCCUUCAAAAGCGGCAACACUCCGAUCCUGGUUGCAACUGACGUGGCAGCACGUGGUCUCGACAUCCCACAUGUUUCGCAUGUCGUAAACUUUGAUCUUCCUAAUGAUAUCGACGACUAUGUCCACCGCAUUGGUCGAACCGGGCGUGCAGGCAAAUCAGGGCUGGCAACUGCAUUCUUUAACGACAACAACGCCUCGCUGGCAAAGCCCUUGGCCGAUCUGAUGCAAGAAUCGAAUCAAGAGGUGCCAGCCUGGCUUUCCCGCUUUGCCGCCCGUUCUUCCUUUGGGGGGAGGAGCCGCCGUGGCGGCAAUUCUGGAGGAAGAUUUGGUGGCCGUGAUUUCCGAAGGGACUCGAAUUUCAGUAGAGGAGGUGGUGGUGGAAUGGAUUACUAUGGUGGUGGUGGAGGCAAUGCCGCCGGUAGUGGUGGAUAUAAUGCACCUGGUGGCGGCGGAUAUGGUGGAGGUUAUGGUGCUGCUGUGACUAGUGCAUGGGACUAAAUCGACUCUCACUAUUUCUCCCCCGUUCGGCUAUAGCAAAUAUAUUCGCAAGUGUAUGUAUGUCAACAUCGCAAUUUCUAGGUUUAAUCGGUUCGUUGUGAAAUUUCGUCGUCUAUGAGUUGGAGGGUUAGCUGCUUAUGGCUAUAUAUAUAUAAUCUUGGGAUGUGGUAAUGUUAGCUACUAAUUCUGUGCUUAAUACGUUAUUAGUGUUGAUUGUGUACAGUUAGUAUUGGUAGCAGAAUUCGAGUUUGUUAGACAUCCCACUUUUUUUUUUCUUUUCUUUUAUUUCAUGAGAAAACUAAAACCAUUUUUAGUUUCCUUUAAUUUCUGUAUAGUUUUAUUUUUGAGCCAAAUGGUAUUAAUGUAAAUAUGUCCUCUACUAUUAUUGGAGUUUUA